GGCCAACCAGCCAACAUCUGAACCCUAAAACAAAAGAGCAGAUUGAAAACCUUGUACGGAAUGGGAUGAACAAGGAGCUGCGGGAUCGCCUCUGUUGCAGGCUGACCUUUGGGACUGCUGGACUUCGUUCUGCCAUGGGGGCAGGCUUUUGCUACAUUAAUGACCUUACAGUGAUCCAGUCAACACAGGGAAUGUACAAAUACCUUGAGAGGUGUUUUUCAGACUUCAGGCAGAGAGGCUUCGUUGUUGGAUAUGACACACGAGGUCAGGUGACAAGCAGCUGCAGCAGUAAGAGACUUGCAAAGCUUACCGCAGCAGUCCUGCUUGCAAAAGGUGUACCUGUAUACUUGUUUUCAAAAUACGUUCCUACGCCCUUUGUGCCCUAUGCCGUUCGGCAUCUCAAAGCUGCAGCUGGUGUGAUGAUCACAGCAUCCCAUAACCGUAAGGAGGACAAUGGAUACAAGGUUUAUUGGGAAAAUGGAGCUCAGAUCACAUCUCCCCAUGACAAAGAGAUCCUGAAAUGUAUAGAAGAAUGUGUUGAACCAUGGAAUGGUUCCUGGAAUGAGAAUCUAGUAGACACCAGUCCUCUUACACGAGAUCCUCUGGAGGAAAUUUCUAAAAUCUAUAUGGAAGACCUGAAAAAGAUCUGCUAUCACAGGGAACUGAACACAAAGACCAACUUGAAGUUCAUCCAUACAUCUUUCCAUGGCGUUGGACAUGACUAUGUCCAGUUGGCUUUUAAAGCAUUUGGCUUUAAGCCUCCCAUUCCAGUACCUGAACAAAAGGAUCCAGAUCCAGAUUUUUCUACCGUUAAAUGUCCAAAUCCUGAAGAAGGAGAAUCUGUGCUGGAGUUGUCUCUGAGGCUUGCAGAGAAAGAAAGCGCUAGGGUGGUGGUGGCCACUGAUCCUGAUGCAGACAGACUGGCAGUGGCAGAACUACAAGAGAAUGGUCGUUGGAAAGUGUUCACCGGCAACGAGCUGGCAGCUUUGUUUGGAUGGUGGAUGUUCAGGAGCUGGAAGGCGAACAGUUCCAAAGAAGCUGAUGUGAAGAACGUUUACAUGUUAGCAACCACAGUCUCCUCCAAAAUUCUGAAGGCGAUUGCACGUAAAGAAGGAUUUCACUUUGAAGAAACACUGCCUGGUUUUAAAUGGAUUGGAAGCAGAGUAAAAGAUCUCCUAGACAAUGGGAAAGAAGUUCUUUUUGCAUUUGAAGAGUCUAUUG